AUGGUCGGUAAUCGCAGGCGUAACACGACCACUGACAGUAGCAGUAUUAGCAGCAAGACUCCGAGUACUGGAGCCGACUCGCGCGCCAAUACAGUGGACGAGGACCUCAUAAUCGUGUGGCCCGGCAUGCAAGUGCCUUUCCGUCUCGACCCUACUGUUCCAAGCUUCUUGCCGACUUCAAGAGGCGAGUUUGGCACGGCCGAAGAGAAGGAAGAAAAGUUGCUCAAGUCACUACUCGAGGAUAUCAAUGCUGUCCUGAGAGAUCCCGGCCGCGGCGACCCAUACCCGGGUCCUCCUGGAGAAGGCUUCCUGCACGGAUCCUUCGCAGGCUUCUUCGGCGACGAUGAGAUAGUCCACGUCCAUGGCAUGCGGUGGGAGCUUGAUGUGAUCAAGAACGAGAUCGAGACCAACGGUCAAGCCAUGUGGAGGGGGCCAUUCGCCCAGGAUGCACUGGACCUGCAACUCCACUACGGCGUAACGCCGUGCGAUUGUGCGAUUGGCCUGACAGAACAAGGUCGAGGAUGGCCAACUGGAGCCAAAGCAACCAUGCCACUCCCACCUUCCGCACCAGGAGAUCGAGAGUCCAGGACGCCGGAGGUCCUCACGGGCAGGAAGCUGAGCUUCGUGGACGACAAGGAUGCAUUACUUCCAUCUCUAGGGCUAGCACCACCUCUUAUCCAUCCACUAGCGGGAAAAUCGCGUCCUCAGCAAGUCACUGCGCCAAUGGAGAAGCCAAAGAAUGUCUCUCACGCCAAGUGGAACAAUGUUCCGCUAUUCGAAGGUCUGACGGACGAUGAGAGUCUUGGCGGUUGGGUACAUCCAGAUGACCUGCAAGGCGGCAUAGCCUUGAAGCUGGCACACAGCCAUAAGAACAGCGAGAUCGCCGACAAGAUCACUGCGCUGUACAAGAGCGCCGGCCUGGCUCCCCCAACGAGAAGUGCUUUGACGUACCGCUGGACCCACGCACUGGAAGCCCGGUGUAAGCAGGAUGGCAAGAAUUUCAAAAUUGAGAAGAAGCGGAUCAGCAACUUGAGGCCAGACAAGCGCAUCCGUGGCUACUGGUUCCAUAGCUCCAGCCCCGGGCGCAGCAACACCGGCUUCGUUGCCGAGUCCAGCAAGAAGCAGCCUCAGAGCGCGCAAAGCCUGGAUGCAAGCAGCGUGGGCAUCGAGAAAGACUUCGGUGAGACCACCAGCACUGGGUCAGCAGCUGUCGCUUCGGGGUCGGCAAAGAAGUCGCCACUCGUAGGAAAGCGUAAGCGCGAAGACAGUCUUGAUACGCCGGAGAAGGGCCAGGGCCAAUCAGGUGAGGCGAGCUCCAGUGGCAAGGCGGCCGCUGAGGGCAGCGAAGCUCAAGACGCCAGAGAGCUACAUGCCGCGAAGCGCCGCAAGACUGACAAGAAGAAGGAUGCAGGAUGGCGCAUCUGA